GUGUACAUAGUGAAUAAAGACUUACAGGCCACAGCACUGGCAACGCAUUGCAUACGCGAGCGAGCAAGUUGACACCUGGCCAACGUUCGACUUUUUUCCGCGACUCAGUUCUCUAGGUCACGCUUGUACUCUGCGGUAAUGACACACAGUUGCAUGAUGCCUAGACAGUAGGUCGCGCAGCGGGCAGCUGCCCGCAGGCACAGCGCGAACGAAGAAUGGCUCAUGACGAGUCUGGCACGGUCGCCGCAACUGGCAUGCGCAUCAAGAACCUCGACACGGGGGAGGAGUAUGACCUAGAUGCGUUUGAGGGCGGGGGCCCCUCCGCCAGCUCAACCGCCCCGCUUCGCAGCGGAGCGGCGCAGAGCUCGCAGGGCCCGGAAGACCCUAACUCGGACCCCGAGGCCAAGGACGGUCCCAAGAAGAAGCGGUGGGGGCUAAAAGGAACCAAGAAGUUCAAGGAAUGGGCCAAGACCACAUACUCCAACGUGAAGGAGCGCAUCGAGGAGCGAGUGGAGCGGCACCAGCAGCAGGCGCAGCAGAAGGCUGAGCAGGCGGCCGCGGCGGCGUCGGCGUCCGCGCGCAGCGCUACGGCUCAGACGGCGGAGGAGCUGGCGGCGGCGGUCGCAGCCGCCGAGGCCUCCCGGGCGUCCCUGGCGGCGAGCAGCACCGGCCGGGGGCCGUCCGGGAGCGAGGCGGCUACGGGUCUGCCGAUUGAAGACGGCGCCGCCGCCUCCUCAGCCAAGCUUAGCGCCGCGGGGACGGGCACAGCGGCGUUGGGCGGGGUGGAGCACGGGUCGCCAAGCGCCGGCACGGCAGAGCCGCGACUGUCCACUGACAGCGCCGGCGGGCUAGGGUCGGCCGCAGGCGUGCGCGAUGCCGGCGGCGCGUCGCCGCCACUGCCCGUGUCGACGGGCGGCGGAUUUUCGUUCUCUAACGACGGGCAAAGGGCCACCAGCGGCAUGGCGCCGCUGCCGCCGCUGCCGCGGGGCCCGCUGGCCGCCGGCCUCGCCGCAAACGCAGCCGCGCGGGCCGCCCGCGUCUCCACGGCGGCGCCGCCGGGAGCUGCGGGCGUGGCACCUCCGGCCGCUGGCGUCAGCAUCUUCGCUGCGGCGGCCGCGUCUGGUGGCUUGGAGGGCGUGCUGCCGGCGCUGGGGCCGGCGGCGGCGGCGGCGCUGGCGGCGGCCUCCGGCACGGAGCCUCAGGGCAGCAUGGAGCUGCGUGUGCCGCUGCUGGGCGGGGAGGAGGCGGUGCCGUCCAGCCGCGCAGUGCCGCAGGCCGCCAAGUCCUACCUCAACAUGCAGGCCAAGGUGGCGGGCGGCAGGCGGGCGGCCGCGCGACAGCUGCAGCAGGUGCGCAUGAUCCAGGAGGUUCUGGGCCACGAGGGCGUGGUGUGGGUGCUGCGCUUCAGCUCCGACAGCCGCCUGCUGGCCUCGGGCGGCCGCGACGGAGUGGUGCGGCUGUGGAGCGUGUACUGGUACCCCAGCGCCAGGCCCAAGCUCAUCUCCACGGCGCGCGACGGCGACGCCUUUGCCCGCUCCGCGCCCGCCGCCACCGCCCCGCACCACCAACGGCAAUCCUCAUCCAGCGGCCCGGCAGGGCUUGGGCCGCCGCCGGCCGCCUCCUUCAGCUCCGCCGGCUCCGCCACCGCCGGCAUCGCCUCCGGCCGGCCGCCGCUGCUGUCAGAGAGCCCGCUGCUGUCGCUGACGGGACACACGGGCGACGUACUGGACAUGUGCUGGUCACAAUGCCGCCUGUUGUUGACGGCCUCAGCCGACCAGACCGCAAGGCUUUGGUUCAUUGACUCGCCGGUGGUCGUGGCGGGCGGCGAUGGGGAGGCAGGUGGCGGCGGCGGUGGAGGCGGUGGUGGCGGCGGGCGGGGAGGCGGGGCGGUGGUGAAGGGGGUGAUGGGGGCGGCUGCGGGCAUGCCGCCCACGGCGGAGUGCCUGCGCUCGUUCGUGCACCCGGACUUUGUGACCAGUUGCUGCUUCCACCCCACCGACCCGCGCCGCAUCGUGACGGGCUGCGCGGACGGCAAGAUCCGGGUGUGGAGUGUGCCGGACGGCACGGUGUUGUGUACGGCCACGGUGGCGCAGGACCUGGUGACGCGGGCCGUGUUCUCGCUGGACGGACGGCGCGUGGUGGCGGGUACACUGCGGGGCAAGGUGCGGCACUACGACUACACGGGCUCGGCGCUGGACUACGUGACGCAGCUGGACGUCAAGACGCUGCACCGCUCCGGCCGCAAGGUCACGGGGCUGCUGCAGGUGCCGUUUGGACAGCAGCAGCCGCAGGGGCACCACAGCCACGCCGGCAGCGCAGGAGCAGGCGGAGCGGGCGGCGGCGGCGGGGCGGGCGGAGGAGGCGCUGGCGCAGGGGGCGGAGGCACGGGCGGGGGCGGCGCGCAGGGACCAGGAGCGGGUGGUGGUGGUGGCCCGGGUGGGGGUGGGGCGGGUGGCGGUGCGGGCGAGCAGAUUUACGUCAUCACCAGCGCCGACAGCCGCAUUCGCAUGUAUGUGGGCUACACGCAGGCGCGGAAGUUCAAGGGGCACCGGCACAGCAACACCCAGAUCGCCGCCUCGCUCUCGCCCAGCUGCCAGCACCUCAUGUGCGGCUCCGACGACGGCUGGGUCUACAUCUGGGAGACCGGCCUGGCGCCGCCAGCCCAGCAGCAAGCGCCGCAGGCGCCGCCGCCGGGCGCCACCGGCCGCGCCUCCACCGGGAAGCCGACGGCGGCCAAGGGCAGCAGCGGCAAGGUGGGCGCGGGCAAGGACCUGGCGGCCGCGAGCGGCCGCGGCGGCGGCGGCAGCGGCAGCGCGUUCAAGCCAGGCAAGGUGAAGGAGGGGCUGUACGAGGCGUUUCAGACGCCCGAGCCCACCGUCACUGUGGCCAUGUUCGCGCCUGAGGUGUGCAGGGUCGGGCGCGGAGUGGACCCGGCCCGCACCGUCAGCGCUGGCGCACCCGCGGCGGCAUUGGCGGCGUCUUCAUCGUCCGGCCCCGGCGGCGGUGGCGCGGGCUCGCUGUUGGGGAGCCUGGUGCUGGUGGCAGGCUUCAGCGGCCGCAUCUACGUGUAUGAAAAUCUGCCGCCGACGAUGUAGGGAUGUGAAUGUGGAGAUGGCUAUGCAGGAUAGCAGUGCUGGUUCGGGCGGUGCAGCCCGGCGUGUGGUGUGAGCCCGUUGUAGACGCAAUACGUUGCCUGUCUGCAGGGUGUUUGAGCCUUCCUUCUCCUGGUCGAAGCUGAGCACUGAGAGUGCUGGAAGUAGAGCUGGCAACGACGUAUAACAGGGCUAUGAUGAUGUGAUGACUGCCUGUCAACAGAAAGCGUGCAGGCGGUGGCGUGGGCCACUGAAAUUUGCUUGGGACACACGUACGGCGCGCGCGCAGGCGCUGCCCCCGGCCGAUGCGUUACAGCGCACACCGCAAACGUAUCGUACGCAACUGUCGUAUGGUUCCAAGUCGGAGCUGCAAGUGCUGUACACUGUACGUCAGGAGUGUCACGGGU